UGUUGAUUUUUGUGAAUUAUUUAGUUAGUUCUGUACUGUGUUUGUAUUUCUUAAAGCUGUUUGUAGAGGACUAACUUCUCAUAAAUGAAGAGCCUGAAAUGGUUUUGCUCUUUUUAUCAUGUUAAUAGCAGAAAAUGUUAAAUUUAAAAAUGGAAAAUAAAUCCAUAAUAUUUAAAAUGGAUAAAGCUGCAUGUGUGCUGUUGUGAGUAAAAUGAAACCCACGUAUUUCAUCAUUGUGAUACAGAACUAAUAAUUAAUCUGUUUGUAGGCAAUGGGACCAGAGACUGGAGCAUUUCCCGGAGUCAGCAGCCAUCACUUGGAGUAUCUGUAUUACAUUAUGCUACAAAUAACCUGCAGCACUCUAGUCAAAUGCUGAAGGUCACCGACAAGCAUCCUGUUAUACCUGUAGCACAGCUUCAUCCAGGAGACUCUUGCAACAUGAACUCUGUAUGUGACCAAAGUGCUAUAGUACAGCAAUGUCCAUUAGUACGCCAGAGAGCUAACAAACAAAAGAAACAAUAUAAAUGUCCUGAAUGUAAUAAGUGUUUCAAGCAGAAGAACCAGCUAGUAAUACAUGAAAGGAUUCACACUGGGGAGAGACCAUAUAAAUGUCCUGAAUGCAAUAAGUGUUUCGGACAAAAGGCCUAUCUAGUAAUACAUGAAAGGAUUCACACUGGGGUGAGACCAUAUAAAUGUCCUGAAUGCAAUAAGUGUUUCGGACAAAAGGCCUAUCUAGCAAUACAUGAAAGGAUUCACACUGGGGUGAGGCCAUAUAAAUGUCCUGAAUGCAAUAAGUGUUUCGGACAAAGGAGUGCUCUAGUACGACACAAAAAGACUCACAUGGCAGAGAGAGAGAGACCAUAUAGAUGUCCUGAAUGCAAUAAGUGUUUCGAACAAAGGGCCUAUCUAGUAGUACAUGAAAGGAUUCACACAGGAGUGAGACCAUAUAAAUGUCCUGAAUGCAGCAAGUGUUUCAGAGAAAGAAGAGAUCUAGUAAUCCAUGAAAGGAUUCACACGGGGGAGAGAUUAUAUAAAUGUUCUGAAUGCAGCAAGGGUUUCACAACAACUGGUAGCCUUAGACUUCAUCUGUUAGUUCACAAAGAAGAGAAACCGUAUAAAUGUCCUGAAUGCAGUAAGUGUUUCAGAAAAAGGAUGCAUCUAGUAAUACAUGAAAGGACUCACAUGGCAGAGAAACCAUAUAAAUGUGCUGAAUGCAGUAAGGGUUUUUCACAAAGGGGGGAUCUAGUAAUACAUGAACGGAUUCACACAGGAGUGAGACCAUAUAAAUGUCCUGAAUGCAGCAAGUGUUUCAGAGAAAGAAAAGUUCUAGUAAUCCACGAAAGGAUUCACAUGGGGGAGAGACCAUAUAAAUGUUCUGAAUGCAGCAAGGGUUUCACAACAAGUGGUAACCUUAGACUUCAUCUGUUAGUUCACAAAGAAGAGAAACCGUAUAAAUGCCCUGAAUGCAAUAAGUGUUUCAGACAAAGGAGGAGUCUAGUUAUACAUGAAAAGAUUCACAAGUUGGAGACACCAUAUAAAUGUCCUGAAUGCAGCAAGUGUUUCAAGCAAUGCAGUCAACUAAAAGAACACACAAGGACUCACACGAGGGAGAGACCAUAUAAAUGUCCUGAAUGCGAUAAGAAUGAAACCCACGUAUUUCAUCAUUGUGAUACAGAACUAAUAAUUAAUCUGUUUGUAGGCAAUGGGAGCAGAGACUGGAGCAUUUGCUGGAGUCAGCAGCAAUCACUUGGAGUAUCUGUAUUACAUUAUCCUACAGAGAACCUGCAGCACUCUGUUCAAACUCUGAAGGGCUCCGACAAGCAUCCUGUUAUACCUGUAGCACAGCUUCAUCCAGGAGACACCUGCAACAUGAACUCUGAAUAUGACCAAAGUGCUAUAGUACAGCAAAGUCCAGUAGUACGCCAGAGAGCUAACAAACAAAAGAAACAAUAUAAAUGUCCUGAAUGUAAUAAGUGUUUCAAACAGAAGAACCAGCUAGUAGUACAUGAAAGGAUUCACACCGGGGCAAGACCAUAUAAAUGUCUUAAAUGCAAUAAGUGUUUCAGACAAAGGACCCAUCUAGUAAUACAUGAAAGGAUUCACACUGGGGAGAGACCAUAUAAAUGUCCUGAAUGCAAUAAGUGUUUCGGACAAAAGGCCUAUCUAGUAAUACAUGAAAGGAUUCACACUGGGGUAAGACCAUAUAAAUGUUCUGAAUGCAAUAAGUGUUUCGGACAAAGGAGUGCUCUAGUACAACACAAAAAGACUCACAUGGGAGAGAGAGAGAGACCAUAUAGAUGUCCUGAAUGCAGUAAGUGUUUCAUAACAACUAAAAACCUUAGAAGUCAUCUGUUAGUUCACAGUGGAGAGAAACCAUAUAAAUGUCCUGAAUGCAGUAAGUGUUUCUCACAAAGGUGGAGUCUAGUAGCACAUGAAAGGAUUCACACAGGAGUGAGACCAUAUAAAUGUCCUGAAUGCAGCAAGUGUUUCAGAGAAAGAAGACAUCUAGUAACCCAUGAAAGGAUUCACACGGGGGAGAGAUUAUAUAAAUGUUCUGAAUGCAGCAAGGGUUUCACAACAACUAGUAGCCUUAGACUUCAUCUGUUAGUUCACAAAGAAGAGAAACCAUAUAAAUGUCCUGAAUGCAAUAAGUGUUUCAGAAAAAGAGGGCAUCUAGUAAUACAUGAAAGGACUCACAUGGCAGAGAAACCAUAUAAAUGUGCUGAAUGCAGUAAGGGUUUCUCACAAAGGGGGCAUCUACUAAUACAUGAAAUGAUUCACACAGGAGUGAGACCAUAUAAAUGUCCUGAAUGCAGCAAGUGUUUCAGAGAAAGAAAAGUUCUAGUAAUCCAUGAAAGGAUUCACAUGGGGGAGAGACCAUAUAAAUGUUCUGAAUGCAGCAAGGGUUUCACAACAAGUGGUAACCUUAGACUUCAUCUGUUAGUUCACAAAGAAGAGAAACUGUAUAAAUGCCCUGAAUGUAAUAAGUGUUUCAGACACAGGAGGAGUCUAGUAAUCCAUGAAAGGAUUCACACGGGGGAGAGACCAUAUAAAUGUCCUGAAUGCAGCAAGUGUUUCAAACAAUGCAGUCAACUAAUAAAACACACAAGGACUCACACGAGGGAGAGACCAUAUAAAUGUCCUGAAUGCAAUAAGUGUUUCAGUGGAAGACGUGCUGCAGUACAACACAAAAAGACUCAUACAGAGGAGAGACCAUAUAAAUGUCCUGAAUGCAAUAAGUGUUUCAGACAUAGGGGGCAUCUACUAAAUCAUGAAAGGGUUCACACGGGGGAGAGACCAUAUAAAUGUCCUGAAUGCAGCAAGUGUUUCAAACAAUGCAGUCAUCUAAGAGCACACACAAGGACUCACACAGGGGAGCGAUCAUAUAAAUGUCCUGAAUGCAAUAAGUGUUUCAGUGGAAGACGUGCUGCAGUACAACACAAAAGGACCCAUACAGAGGAGAGACCAUAUAAAUGUCCUGAAUGCAAUAAGUGUUUCAGACAUAGGGGGCAUCUAGUAAUACAUGAAAGGAUUCACAAGGGGGAGAGACCAUAUAAAUGUCCUGAAUGCAAUAAGGGCUUCAGACAAAGGAAGAAUCUAGUAGUACAUGAAAGGAUUCACACGGGGGAGAGACCAUAUAAAUGUCCUGAAUGCAGCAAGUGUUUCAAACAAUGCGGUCAUCUAACAGAACACACAAGGAUUCACACAGGGGAGCGACCAUAUAAAUGUCCUGAAUGUGAUAAGUGUUUCAGAGAAAGAAGAGCUCUAAUAAUCCAUGAAAGGACUCACACGGGGAGCAUAUAAUACAAAUUAUAUAAAACAAAUGAACACACUAAUUAGGACUGUCCAUAGAGAUGCAUGCGAUAUAAUAGAAGUAAAUAGGAUAUGUUACUGUGCAGCUAAAUUAAUAACUGAUAAAGUUCUACCACAAGAGCACACCAUAGUGAGGCAAAGGAAGAAAAGAAAUUGAAUAACUCCAUGGAAGUAUCGAAUAGAGAAAAAUAUAAAGCAAUUAAAAGAAGAACUGUCAAUGUUAAAAGAAUAUAGAAGAGUGAAUAGGUCAACAAAAAUACUAAGAAAGAUAGAUGUGAUAAAAGCUGUAUGCAGUAUUAGAACAGACCAGGAUCUAUCAUGCACUAUUAUAAAUAACAAACUAAAAAUUUCAGCACAG